AAUGAUAGAACCCACUUGAUUUCUUGAGGCAUUUCGUGGCGCAUCCAGAGCGAGAAACAUCUCUAACAUUGUCUCUAGUCCCUACUGCCCCUAUGGGCUUUGACAGGUGUUUUGCAUAUCAUGGCUCAAUCGCGGAUCUCUUAUCGCUUAGAAAUAUUGAAAGAACUACAUUUUGUGAUUUGAAGUUUUCUCUUCUUAGAACAAUGUGAUCUUGAAAGGCCACUUAGGAGGUCAUGGUAUUGAAAGAGGGGUCGACAUUAUUACUCAAGGUAAGGAGGCCUUCUGUCUCUGUUCUUCUCAAUAUGAAUGGAAGGAGUGGGGAUAACAAAGAAUCGAAAGGAAGUGUGGCAGUUCCUAAAGAGUUUGAAGUUUUUAGAAGAUUGAAACAUGAAGAGGAUGUAAAUGUGGCUUUAGAGUAUUUCAAGUUCAUAACCAAUUCAAAAGGGUUCAAGCACACCUCUCUUACAUAUCAACUGAUGAUAGAGAAGCUCGAAUUUGCAAAGCAUAUGGAUGGGGUCCAAUAUCUUUUACAACAAAUGAAAUUAGAAGGGGUUCCAUGCUCUGAAGAUAUAUUCAUUGGUGUGAUCAGAGCUUAUGGGCGCCUUGGAAUGGGAGAGCAAGCCUUGAAAACAUUCUAUCGAAUGCAAGAUUUCAAUUGCAAACCCACCACUAAGUUAUACAACCAUCUUUUUGAUGCAUUGCUUAAUGAGAACAGGUUCCAAAUGAUCAACCCAAUUUACAGUAACAUGAAGAAAGAUGGAGUGGAGCCUAAUGUAUACACCUAUAACAUUCUGCUAAAAGCAUUGUGCAAAAACAAUCGAACUGAUGCUGCUCACAAGUUACUCAUUGAAAUGUCAAAGAAAAGAUGUUCUCCAGAUGUUGUGAGUUAUACGACUAUAGUAUCUGCUCUUUGUCGACAAGGGAAAUUCCAAGAGGCAAAGGACCUUGCAAACAAUUUUACUCCCUCUAUCCCCAUUUACAAUGUAUUGAUAAACUCAUUAUGCAAGGAAUUGGCUAUAGAAGAAGCCAUUCUUUUAAUAGACGAGAUGGAAAAUCACUGUUUAAGCCCAAAUGUUAUUACUUACACUACAAUCAUUGAUGCUCUUUGUGAGAUGGGGAAACUGACGUUGGCACUUGCAUUCUUUGCUCAAAUGUUUGUAAGAGGUUGCGAGCCAAAUAUCAUAACUUUUGCCUCCUUGAUAAAGGGCAUGUUCAGGGUUGGAAUCGUUAACACAGCCCUUGAUAUGUGGGAUAAGAUGGUUCUUGGAGGAUGUUUACCUAACAUCAUAGCAUACAACACUCUCAUACAUGGGCUUUGUAGCAAUGGGAAUGUGGCGAGAGCUAUUUUGGUGUUGCAUGAAAUGGGUGAAAAUAAUUGCACCCCAAAUGCCACGACCUAUAGUGCACUAAUAGAUGGGUGUUCUAAACUUGGGGACUUAGAAGGUGCCAUGGACAUAUGGAACAAUAUGAUUAGCCAUGGUUGCUGUCCUAAUGUCAUUGUAUAUACCUGCAUGGUAGAGACCCUAUGUCAAAAUUCCAUGUUUUCAAAAGCUUGGGAUCUGCUAGAGAGUAUGUGGCUUGAAAAAUGCCCUCCAAAUACUGUAACUUAUAAUACUUUUAUCAAAGGACUGUGCGAUAAUGAUAGAGUUGAAUGUGCCAUUAAUGUGCUAAAUUCAAUGAAUAGAGAAGGUUGUUUGCCUGAUGUUAAAACCUAUAAUGCGUUGUUGGCUGGUCUCUAUAGAGAAUGCAACUUCACUAAAGCCUUGAGCCUUAUGAAUGAGAUGCUAGACAGAGGAUGUGAAUUCAAUUUAGUGACUUACAACACUGUAAUCUAUGGUCUCUCCAUUGCUUGCAAAAUGUCAGAGGCCCAUGCAACAAUGGGCAAGAUGGUGGUGAGAGGUAUUAAACCUGACAUAAUUACAUAUAACACUCUGAUUGAUGCCUAUUGCAAGGAUCGCAAAGUUAGCAGAGCCAUACAACUUAUGGGUUUUAUGGCUUCAAAUGGCCAUUACCCUGAUGUAUAUACUUACACAAGUUUGAUAUUUGGCCUUUGCAAACAGUCAAAUCUAGCGGAAGCCAUGGUUUGUGUUCUCAAGAUGCUGAAUAGGGGCCUUUACCCAAGUGUACCCACAUGGAAUGUUCUGGUGCAAAGAAUCCUAUAUGGAGCUGAUUUUUCUGUUGCCUCCAAUAUGCUAGAUGUUCUGAUUGGUGAUAGAUAGAAGCUUUGUUUUAUUUUACCAGUUUCUCUCCUUCAAUAUUUUUUUAUCAACAGAUAAAGAUAUGUUCAGAUGGUCCCUAUGCACGAAAUAUAGUAAUGGCCUUAGAGGCAGGCGUUUGAGGAAGAGAGAGAUCAGUUGGCUGAUGCACUAUGUUACCCAUGACCAUUAUGAAGGGGUUGUCAGACUAAGGGUUGGUCCUUUUUAGAUCAGAGAUGCCUCAUAAGAGGUGAGAGCACUGGAGAACUGGGAAUCUGCAUUCAUAAACUCUUGGUUCCUGGCCUUGCUGAUUCCUUAAAGAAUCCAUCUGUUUAUGUUAAUCAACACUGAUAUGGAACUGA